AUGAUAUACACAAAACAGCAAUGGUACACGCCAGCCGAGGUGGCUGUCCACAACCAAGCGACAGACUGUUGGGUAUCAUUGAAUGGAAAGGUCUAUGAUUUGACAUCCUGGCUCCAACUUCAGUUCAGAACUUGUAUGUGUACCAAGUCAUGUUCCUGUGCUGUCAAAACUUGGUAUUGUAAUAAUUGCGUGGAGUAUUGUCCCUGUUUUAAGCAGGGUUACUUCUUUUGCGACAGCAAGAGGUUGGCUAUGACCAUUCUGGCGUACGCUGGUAAAGACUUGAGUCAUUGGUUUAAAAAUGGGGAAUGGGUGCAUUACAUCCAUCCAGUAACGGGCUCUGAAGUGACUUACCGAACACAUGGGCACUCUUCCCGUCAGCCUGUAGUACCUUCCACCAGAUGGCGGCCUUUGGAAGAACCUUGGUGGGCUGGGGACAGAUAUGUCGUGGGUAAAUCCACAGCCAAAACUAGACCCAUCAGGAUAACGAAUACGUUAACAGGUUCAACAGUGACCCUUGAAGUGUGCAGUGAAGAAACUAUUUAUGAGAUCAUGAUGAGAUAUUUGCCGCAUAACAGUCAUUUGCUGUCAUAUACUUGGCGAUACAUGGGCAGAGGGCUAUGUCUCAGUAAAACCUUGGAUCAAAACGGGAUACCUGAUGAAAGAGAUAGAUUUAGCGACGUCGCUCUGGCAGAAAAUAUUCACAUACCUGCCAUUUUGAUUUAUUAUAACGAUGAUUUGACUGAAGAUCCUCCGAGAGACGAGUGCUUCUGCAUCGAGCCCACGUGUGUACUAAAAAGACCAGAGAGAUGUUUCAAGGCUUGA